AUGCAACUGGGACUUUCCCAGUGGGUGUUAGCACUGCUGAAAAUAAAUGGUAGCACGCCGAAGCAGAAAAUGGAACUUUCCAGUGUGUGCCUAGUGGAGGCUGAGUGGGUCUGGCUGCAGCUCUGCAUCCAGGCCUCCCCCAACCCCUCCUGCUGCUACGUACCUCGUCCAAUAACCACAAGAAAGGCCCAGACGAGAAAAACUAGAAAAUCUCCUGGGGCCCUUUCACGAAGAUGGCACCUAAGGCGAAAGGAAGCCCCUGCCCCUCCCAAAGCCGAAGCCAAAGCAAAGGCUUUGAAAGCAAAGAAAGUGGUGCUGAAAGGCAUGCACAGUCACAAAAAAAAGAAGAUCCACACGUCACCUACAUUCCAACGACCCAAGACCCUGCAUCUCCGCAGGCAGCCCAAAUAUCCUCUAAAGAGCGCCCCCAGGAGAAACAAGCUUGAUCACUAUGCCAUCAUCAAGUUCCCCUUAUCUACUGCAUCAGCCAUGAAGAAAAUAGAAGACAACAACACACUUGUGUUCAUUGUGGAUGUCAAGGCCAAUAAGCACCAGAUCAAACAGGCGGUGAAGAAGCUCUAUGACAUUGAUGUGGCCAAGGUCAACACCUUGAUCAGGCCUGAUGGAGAGAAGAAAGCAUAUGUUCGACUGGCUCCUGACUAUGAUGCUUUGGAUGUUGCCAACAAAAUUGGGAUCAUCUAAACUGAGUCCAGCUGG